AUGUCAGAUCCUAACAAAACUGCCAUUACAGCAGAAAAGGAAGCUUUGAACUUGAAGUUGCCCCCCAUUGUUCAUCCUCCAAAAAACAUAGGUGUCGACACGCCAAAACAAAGUGAGCUGCUAAAUUACAGAAGGUCUAAGGAGCAGCAGAAGAAGAUCAAUCAGUUAGUAAUUUCUGGAGCUAAAAAAAGUCUAGACAAAACCCUGGAUAAAAGAAUACCUCCAUUACCAGAGCCAGACUACCCUCCAACUAUGACCAGUGCAAUUAAGAAAAAAGGAUUAAACUACAUUUUCAUGAAGCAGUGUGUGGAGAGUAGCCCUAUAGUACCUAUCCAGCCACAAUGGCUGGACCACAUGUUGAUGCUGAUACCUGAGCACCUAAAGGAAGGGAAACAAAGAGAAGAACUGCUUGGAAGUCUCAUAAAUGAGGUCUCAGUGGACUUUGAAAAGAGCAUGAAGAGAUAUUUGGUUCAGAGUGUUCUUGUGAAGCCUCCAGUUAAAUGGCUUGAAGAUGAAGGGGGCCCUUUGCCUGAAUCUCCUGAAGGACUAGAUUAUUCCAAUCCUUGGCAUUCUAACUUUGUGCAGGCAAGAAGUCAAAUAUUAGCUAAUUUGCACAUUGUUCAUCCAACUAUGAAAACUUUACUGGAGCUUGGUUAUACAACAUUUGCUAAAACAAUUCUGCUGGACUUAACAGGAAUUAGAGCUAGAGGUCCAAUUGAUUGUGAAGCACUGAGAAAUGAUCUAUCAAUUCAAGCUAAAAAAUCAGAAGAGAAGAUAAUGAACACAUGGUAUCCAAAGGUUAUAAAUCUCUUUACUAAGAAGGAGGCACUAGAAGGCAUCAAGCCUGAAAAAUUGGAUUCCUUUUAUAACUGUGUUUCCAUACUUAUGUCAAAUCAGCUAAAGGAUCUCUUAUGGAGAACUGUAGAAGAAUUCGUAACACUCUUUGAUUCAAGAUAUCUAAACAGGCUUCCAAUAUUUAAGAUGGAAUUGACAUUUGAUGAUGAUAAAAUGGAAUUUUAUCCCACUUUUCAAGAUUUAGAAGAUGUUGUCUUGGGAUUGAUAGAACGGAUAUCUGAAACUCUGCAGACUGUCCAAACAGUACCUUCUUGGCUGUCAGGAACUUCAUCGCCUGUCAAUCUUGAUACAGAACUUCCAGAACAUGUGCUGUACUGGGCCCUCAGUACGCUGAGGAUAGCAGUACAGCAGAACCUAGAAGGUGCAAAAGCACAUUACAAAACAUACGUUAAAAACUACAACUGGCUCCUUGACGGGACUGCAACAAAGAUGGUACAGAAUUUCCAGGCAGGAAACCAUACUUUUGACGAGUACACAGAGUUUAUAGAAAAAUUUUUCAAUCUUGCUUCAGAAAUAAUGCUUUUGCCUCAGUGGGCUCAUUAUCCUAUGGUUCGUUUGGACUGUGAAGACUUGAAGAUAGGCUUGACGAAUAAAGCAAGAGCCUUUGCAAACAUUUUAUUAAAUGACAUAGCUUCAAAACAUAGAAAAGAAAAUGAAGCUAUUUGCAGUGAAUUUGAAGCAAUUAAAGAGCAUGCUCUACGAGUUCCUGAGACAACAGAAGAAAUGAUGGAACUAAUCGCUUACGUAGAAAGAGCUCGAACCAUAGGAAUUCAUGACUUGGCUCUAAGGAUCCAGGAAUCUAAACGCCAAAUGAGUUACUUUUUAGAUGCUUUUCUAAUGUCUCAAGAAGACUUAAAUUUAAAUUCAACUGUCCUCUUGUGGCCUACUAAAAUCUCCCCUGUCUUUGAUGAGAAUGAUGAACUCAUUGAGAAUUCUAAACAUGCAAAAGAAAAUGAACUAAUAGCCAAGAGAGAGAAACUGAUUUUGGAAAUAGAAAAAGAAUCACGUCGCAUGGACGAGUUCACAGAGUUUGCAGAACUGGACCGAAUGCAACAGUACGUGGCAGAUGUAAGACAACUACAGAAGCGUAUUCAGGAAUCGGAAGAAGCUGUUCAGUUUAUUAAUAAAGAAGAGGAACUUUUCAAGUGGGAAUUGACAAAGUAUCCUGAACUGGAAAAAUUAAAAGUCACCAUUGAGCCCUACCACAAGUUUUUUAAUUUUGUUCUGAAGUGGCAGCGAACAGAAAAACGGUGGAUGGAUGGAGGGUUUCUGGACCUUAAUGGAGAAAGCAUGGAAGCUGACAUAGAUGAGUUUUCCCGAGAAGUUUUUAAGACUCUGAAGUUCUUCCUCACUAAGCAAAAGAAAGAAUUACAAGAAAGAAGAAAGGCAGCAAGAAAACGAUCUUUGAUGGAAGAGAAACCUGAGGAAGAACCAAAAGAAAGUCCUACAAUUACUAUGUGUGCAACAGUAAUGGAGCAGAUAAAGGCUUUUAAGGAAUAUAUCCCUACAGUCUCCAUCCUGUGCAAUCCAGGAAUGAGAGCUCGUCACUGGAAACAGAUGUCAGAAAUUGUGGGCUAUGACUUGACUCCAGAUUCUGGAACUACACUGAGAAAAGUCUUAAAAUUAAACCUUGCACCAUACUUAGAAAGUUUUGAAGUUAUAAGUGCUGGUGCAAGUAAGGAAUUUUCCUUAGAGAGGGCCAUGAAUGCUAUGAUAGCAACUUGGGAUGAUAUUUCUUUUCAUAUAAGUCUGUAUCGUGAUACUGGAGUCUGUAUCCUUUCUUCAGUGGAUGAGAUUCAGGCAAUUCUUGAUGAUCAGAUUAUAAAAACUCAGACAAUGAGAGGUUCACCUUUUAUCAAACCAUUUGAAAAUGAGAUCAAGGCCUGGGAAGACCGUCUGAUUCGAAUCCAGGAGACAAUUGAUGAAUGGUUGAAAGUACAAGCUCAGUGGCUGUACUUAGAGCCCAUCUUCUGUUCUGAGGACAUCAUGCAGCAGAUGCCAGAGGAAGGACGGCAGUUCCAGACAGUAGACAGACACUGGAAGGACAUCAUGAAGUUUUGUGCUAAAGAUCCAAAGGUGCUUGCUGCUACUUCUUUAACAGGCUUAUUGGAAAAACUACAGAAUUGCAAUGACCUUCUGGAGAAAAUCAUGAAAGGACUGAAUGCAUACCUUGAGAAGAAGCGACUUUUCUUCCCUCGCUUUUUCUUUUUAUCUAAUGAUGAAAUGCUAGAGAUUUUGUCAGAGACCAAAGAUCCACUCAGAGUUCAGCCACACUUAAAAAAAUGCUUUGAGGGCAUCGCUAAAUUGGAGUUCCUGACUAAUCUGGAUAUUAAAGCCAUGUAUAGCUCAGAGGGAGAGCGAGUGGAGCUGAUUGCACUGAUCUCCACAUCUGCAGCAAGGGGCGCUGUAGAGAAAUGGCUCAUCCAAGUAGAAGACCUAAUGCUCAGAAGUAUCCAUGAUGUGAUUGCUGCCUCCAGACUGGCUUAUCCAGAAUCUGCAAGAAAAGACUGGGUCAGAGAGUGGCCUGGCCAGGUUGUUCUUUGUGUGUCUCAAAUGUUCUGGACUUCUGAGACACAGGAAGUCAUAAGUGGUGGAACAGAGGGAUUAAAGAAAUACUACAAGGAACUUCAGUAUCAACUAAAUGACAUUGUGGAGCUGGUGAGAGGGAAGUUGUCUAAGCAGACCAGGAUCACACUGGGGGCUUUGGUUACGAUUGAUGUCCACGCUAGAGAUGUCGUCAUGGACAUGAUUGAAAUGGGUGUCUCACAUGAUACAGACUUCCAGUGGCUCGCUCAACUUCGGUAUUACUGGGAAUCUGAGAAUGCUCGAGUUCGAAUCAUUAACUGCAACGUAAAAUAUGCUUAUGAGUAUCUUGGCAACUCACCCCGACUUGUCAUAACUCCUUUAACUGACAGAUGUUACAGAACAUUGAUAGGUGCCUUCUAUUUAAACCUUGGAGGUGCUCCAGAAGGACCAGCAGGCACAGGAAAGACGGAAACCACCAAGGACCUGGCUAAAGCCCUGGCUGUGCAGUGUGUAGUGUUCAACUGCUCUGAUGGGCUAGACUAUCUCGCAAUGGGAAAGUUUUUUAAAGGACUGGCUUCUUCGGGCGCUUGGGCUUGCUUUGAUGAGUUUAAUCGAAUUGAACUGGAAGUGCUGUCUGUGGUGGCGCAGCAGAUUCUUUGCAUUCAGAGAGCGAUUCAGCAGAAACUAGACGUGUUUGUUUUUGAAGGGACAGAACUUAAACUCAAUCCAAACUGUUUUGUAGCUAUUACUAUGAAUCCUGGCUAUGCAGGACGUUCUGAGUUGCCAGACAACCUCAAGGUUCUUUUCAGAACAGUAGCUAUGAUGGUUCCAAACUAUGCCCUCAUCGCAGAAAUCUCCCUCUACUCCUAUGGAUUUCUGAACGCAAAACCUCUGUCUGUGAAGAUAGUGAUGACCUACAGGCUGUGCUCAGAGCAGCUGUCCUCACAGUUUCAUUAUGACUACGGAAUGCGAGCAGUGAAAGCGGUGUUAGUGGCAGCUGGGAAUCUCAAACUAAAAUACCCCAAUGAAAAUGAGGACAUACUGCUUCUUCGAUCAAUUAAAGAUGUAAAUGAACCAAAGUUUCUAUCACAUGACAUACCCUUGUUUAAUGGAAUAACUAGUGACUUAUUUCCUGGUAUUAAGCUUCCUGAAGCAGACUACAAAGAAUUUUUGGAAUGUGCACAUGAAACCUGCCAAACACAUAAUCUUCAGCCUGUUAAAUUUUUUCUUGAAAAAAUUAUUCAGACAUAUGAAAUGAUGAUUGUUCGACACGGUUUCAUGUUGGUAGGAGAGCCUUUUGCUGCCAAGACAGAGGUGUUGCACGUGCUGGCAGACACUUUAACUCUUAUGAACGAACGCAACUAUGGAGAUGAAGAAAAGGUCAUGUAUAGGACCGUAAACCCCAAAUCAAUUACUAUGGGCCAACUCUUUGGGCAGUUUGACCCAGUGUCUCAUGAGUGGACUGAUGGCAUUGUGGCAAACACAUUUAGAGAAUUUGCCUUAGCAGAAUCACCUGACCGGAAAUGGGUUGUAUUUGAUGGUCCUAUUGAUACUUUGUGGAUAGAGAGUAUGAAUACAGUAUUGGAUGAUAAUAAAAAGCUUUGCCUUAUGAGUGGAGAAAUCAUUCAAAUGUCCCCUCAAAUGAGCCUCAUCUUUGAAACAAUGGACCUUUCACAGGCUUCGCCAGCCACUGUGAGUCGCUGCGGCAUGAUUUAUUUGGAACCUUCACAGUUAGGAUGGGAGCCACUUGUGGCUUCAUGGUUGAAUUCAUUGAAAGAGCCUCUAAAUGAACUAGAACAUCAACAUCUGCUGAAAGAACUUUUCAACUGGCUAGUACCACCUUCCUUAGUAUUUCGGAGGAAGAAAUGCAAGGAGCUGAUUCCUACAAGCAACAUCAACGCAGUUGUGGCACUCACCCGCCUCAUUGAAACACUGCUCUGUUCCGUGGUGGAGCAUGAACCCAGUAGCAAGCACAUUCGUGUCUGGACUAUGGCCACUUUUAUAUUCUCUUUGAUUUGGUCAAUUGGAGCAAGUUGUGAUACAGAUGGUCGUCUUGCUUUUGAUAAUUUCCUACGAGUAAUUGUAACAGGAAAAAAUGAAGAUGCCCCAAUGCCAGUCUCUAUCAGUAAAUGGGAAUGCCCAUUUGAUGAGAAGGGCCUAGUCUAUGACUACAUGUAUGAGUUAAGAAACCGAGGUCGCUGGCUCCAUUGGAAUGAAUUGAUUAAAAGUUCUGAUUUAGAAGACAAACGUACCAAGAUUCAAGAUAUUAUAGUCCCUACAAUGGACACUAUUAGAUAUACUUUCCUAAUGGAUUUGAGUAUUACCUAUGCAAAGCCGCUGCUUUUUGUGGGUCCCACUGGUACUGGAAAGUCAGUGUAUGUGAAGGAUAAACUAAUGAAUCACUUGGAAAAGGAAAAGUACUUUCCUUUCUAUGUUAAUUUCUCUGCUCGGACCAGUGCCAAUCAGGUUCAGAACAUCAUUAUGGCUAGAUUGGACAAAAGGCGCAAGGGAGUAUUUGGACCUCCUAUGGGAAAGAAGUGUGUAGUGUUUAUAGAUGAUAUGAACAUGCCUUCACUGGAGAAAUAUGGAGCCCAACCUCCUAUUGAGUUAUUACGGCAGUUUUUUGACUGUGGACACUGGACUCGGGGCACAGGGCUGGCAGCUGUUCAGCUUCGUGAUGCAGGCCACGGCUGGUCAGCUGGUCACUGUCACACAGAAGAGGGUCACGGCCCCCUGGAUGUGCCUCCCGAGUGUGCCUGCCACUUGUUGCGCCUUGCGUUCCAGCAGGUGCAGAUCGGGCCCAGAAUGACAGCUCCCAAGAUUGACCAGAUAGUUGGGCCAACAAUCAUUAAGACUGGCAGAGAAGCCCAGCUCUGGCCGAGAAACUUCCAGCCUGAGCUCGCCACAAAGCCCGAGACCUCAGUGAGCACAAAGCUGACCGCCCACAGAUCAGAGGCUGCACAGAACAGGGGUGAAGUGAGGAGACACAUGCCUGCCAGGUGCAGAGAGGGCAUCAGGAGCCCAGCCCCCAUGCACCAGGCAUUGGACCCCAGCAGUGACGAUGACAUUGAGGAGGCCAUCCAGCUGUACCAGCCUGAGAAAACCAGGAAGGAGGCCAGUGGGGACCCAUCUCUGAGAGCCCAGCUGAAAGAGGGAAGCUCUGGCAGUGCCCAGCCAAGUGCCUUGCCUGAAGUCCACAGGAGACUCCCUAGCAAGAAAAAGCUGGCAGUUCCAAAGAUUAUGGACACCACCCAGGGGGGCCUCCACCCUGAUCCCCUUUCCAAGCUCCUAACAGAUUCGAGAGCCUCUGUACCUCCAGGACACACAACUGCCAAGAGUGAAGCUGUGUACCAGGCCUCACGCCUAGCAGACACAUCCACCAAACUGAUGUGCACAGAAGUGAUCCUGGGCGUCUCCAAGACCAUCCUGUCAGCCUCCAUGGGAGUCAGUGACAGGCUCCAUCCAGGAACACACUCUUCUGUCCCCAACCCAUGCCUCCCUGCUCUGAAGGUGACAGCAGCAACAUUGACAGUGAUGACAGCAUCAAGCAGGAGAUCCAGAUUUUUUUGGCCCUCAAGGCUUCGUGUAAGAAGGUCAGAUUUGGCAGCAGAGACUCCAUGUGGGAAGAAGCUGGGCAACCUUCCAGGGGACGGGAAAGACCACAGACAGCAGGCACUAUGGCGCUGUCUGCCCAAGUUCAAAGACAGCCCAAGAAGAAGCCCAGGAAGUACCUUCAGCAGCAUGGCAGAGAGGGUGAAGUGGGGUGGCACAGGGGGCAAGGGUUCAACCCCUGCCAUUCUCCCCAGGAAGAAAAGUCCAGAAGGGGCUCCUCCCUCUAAGUCCACAGGAGCCAGUGGCCACCCUCCUUCUGCCUCCAGCCCCACAUCUGAGGACAGUGCAGUGGACAGUGGUGACAACAUUGAGCUAGAGAUCAGGAGGUUUUUGGUAGAAGAGGCCAAGGAGUCUAUACACAACGCAGAACCUCUAGGGGGCGCUGCCAAGCCGGAGAUGCCCUGCCCUGGUGUCCGUCCAGUAGCUCAGGCCGGCAAUAAACAUGGUGAACUCAGUCCCUUAGCCCUGUUUGCCUUCUUUGUGAACCGUUGCAAAGAUAAUCUUCACGUCGUGGUGGCCUUUAGCCCUAUAGGAGAUGCCUUCCGAAAUCGUCUGAGACAAUUCCCAUCUCUCAUCAAUUGUUGUACUAUUGAUUGGUUUCAGCCGUGGCCUGAAGAUGCUCUUGAACGUGUAGCUGUGAAUUUCCUAGAAACCGUGGAGCUCACUGAGGUUGAGCGACAAGAGAUAGUUCCGAUCUGUAAACACUUUCACACUUCCAUUAUGCGCCUCUCAGAAAGGUUCUUAGAAGAGUUAGGACGACAUAACUAUGUUACCGCUACUUCUUAUCUUGAACUUAUUGGCUCAUUUCGGCAGCUUUUAACUAAAAAACGGCAAGCUGUCAUGGAAGCAAAACAGCGCUAUGUGAAUGGACUUGACCAGUUAGCUUUUGCUGAGUCUCAGGUUGGUGAGAUGAAGCUGGAGCUUGUUGAGUUACAGCCCAAACUGGAGGCAGCUAAAGUUGAGAAUGCACGUAUGAUGCAGGUAAUUGAGAUAGAAUCUGCACAAGUAGAAGCAAAAAGAAAGUUUGUAAAGUUAGAUGAAGAAAUAGCCAGCGGGAAGGCUGAGGAAGCCCAAACUCUGAAAAACGAGUGUGAGAGCGACCUGGCUGAGGCAAUUCCAGCCUUGGAAGCAGCACUGUCUGCACUAGACACACUUAAGGAAACUGAUAUUACAAUUGUAAAAUCAAUGAAGAAUCCUCCAGCUGGUGUUAAACUAGUCAUGGCUGCUGUUUGUGUCAUGAAAGAUAUAAAACCAGAAAAGAUUUCAGAUCCUUCAGGAACUGGAGGCAAGAUAUUUGAUUACUGGGGACCUAGCAAAAAACUCCUAGGAGAUAUGAAUUUUCUCCGAGAUUUGCGGGAGUAUGACAAGGACAACAUCCCAGUGGCUGUUAUGCAGAAGAUUCGCAGUGAAUAUUUGACGAACCCCGAAUUUGAUCCCCCUAAGGUCGCUAAAGCUUCUUCUGCUGCUGAGGGUCUGUGCAAGUGGAUCAUGGCUAUGGAAGUAUAUGACAGAGUUGCAAAGGUUGUGGCUCCAAAGAAAGCUCGUUUAGCAGAGGCCCAGAAGUCCUUAGCAGAGACAAUGAUGCUUUUGAAUCAGAAGAGAGGGGAACUGGCCCAAGUAGAGCAUCAUUUGGAAAACUUACAGAAGACGUUCCAAGAGAAGACAGAGGAAAAGGCAGCUCUAGAGGAUCAGGUGGAACUGUGUGCUAAGAAGCUGGAACGAGCCUCCAAGCUAAUUGGAGGGCUUGGUGGAGAAAAGUCAAGAUGGUCUCAAGCUGCAAAUGACCUUCAAAUAACAUAUGAAAACCUAACUGGUGACGUCUUGGUGUCAGCAGGAGUCAUAGCUUACCUUGGUGCUUUCACUUCUGGAUUUCGACAAGAGUGUACGGAAAAUUGGAGCAAGUUGUGCAAGGAUAAAAAAUUCCCAUGUUCAGAGGAGUUCUCGCUGAGUAAAACCUUGGGGGAUCCAGUCAAAAUUAGAGCUUGGAAUAUUGCCGGGCUACCAACAGACGCAUUCUCCAUAGACAACGGUGUGAUCGUUAAUAAUUCUAGACGGUGGCCUUUAAUGAUUGACCCCCAGGGUCAAGCCAAUAAGUGGAUCAAAAACUCUGAGAAAGAUAACCAGCUCAGUGUUAUUAAGUUAUCUGACACAGACUAUAUGAGAACCUUGGAAAACUGCAUUCAGUUUGGAACUCCACUUCUCCUGGAAAAUGUUGGUGAAGAUCUGGAUCCAUCUUUGGAGCCUUUGUUACUCAGACAAACUUUUAAACAAGGUGGUAUCGAUUGCAUCCGACUUGGUGAAGUCAUUAUUGAAUAUUCUUUUGAUUUUAAAUUUUAUAUCACUACAAAACUGAGAAACCCACACUACAUGCCAGAACUAGCUACAAAAGUGUCUUUGCUCAAUUUCAUGAUAACUCCGGAAGGGCUUGAGGAUCAAUUACUAGGCAUCGUCGUCGCAAAGGAGAGGCCAGAGUUAGAGGAGGAGCGGAAUGCCCUCAUUCUUCAGUCUGCGGCUAACAAGAAGCAGCUGAAGGACAUAGAGACAAAGAUCUUAGAAACACUAUCUUCUUCAGAAGGGAACAUUUUGGAAGAUGAAAGUGCAAUAAAAGUCUUAGACUCUGCCAAAAUGAUGUCUAAUGAGAUCACGAAGAAACAGCAGGUUGCAGAAAAAACAGAGCUAAAAAUAGCAGAGUCACGAGAAGGAUACAGACCCAUCGCCAAACAUUCGUCAGUGCUAUUCUUUAGCAUCGCAGACCUGGCUAACAUAGAUCCCAUGUACCAAUACUCUCUCAUCUGGUUUGUGAACCUUUACAUCAACUCUAUUCACGACAGCAACAGAUCCAAAAUCUUGGAAAAGCGGCUGCGCUAUUUAAAUGACCACUUCACGUACAAUUUAUACUGUAACAUAUGCCGCUCUCUGUUCGAGAAAGACAAGUUGUUGUUCUCCUUUUUGUUGUGUGCUAACCUUCUUCUGGCCAAGAAAGAGAUUGAAUACCAGGAACUGAUGUUUCUUCUAACUGGAGGAGUAAGUCUUAAGAGUGCUGAAAAAAAUCCUGAUCCAGACUGGCUACAGGAUAAAAGCUGGGAGGAGAUUUGUCGAGCAAGUGAACUUCCAGUCUUCCAUGGACUCAGGGAGCAUUUUUGUAAUUACAUAUAUUUGUGGGAGGAAAUCUAUGACAGCAAAGAGCCGCACAAUAUGAAACUUCCAGAACCAAUGGAUAAGACACUGAACGAACUGCAGAAAAUAAUCAUUCUUCGCUGUCUAAGGCCUGACAAGAUAACCCCAGCUAUAACAAAUUAUGUAACUGACAAGCUAGGGAAAAAAUUUGUAGAGCCUCCACCAUUUGACUUGACGAAGAGUUACUUGGAUUCAAAUUGCACCAUUCCUUUAGUUUUUGUGCUGUCUCCUGGAGCAGACCCCAUGGCAAGCCUGCUGAAAUUUGCAAAUGAUAAAUCUAUGUCUGGAAAUAAAUUUCAAGCUAUUUCACUGGGACAAGGGCAAGGACCAGUUGCGUCAAAAAUGAUUACAUCGGCAAUAGAAGAAGGAACUUGGGUUUGUCUACAAAACUGUCAUCUUGCUGUCUCCUGGAUGCCCACAUUGGAAAAAAUAUGUGAAGAUUUUUCGCCUGAAACCUGCAAUCCAAGCUUUAGGCUUUGGCUCACAAGCUAUCCAUCUCCAAAAUUCCCAGUAACAAUUCUACAGAAUGGAGUAAAAAUGACUAACGAACCUCCCACGGGUCUUCGGCUAAAUCUCCUUCAAUCAUACCUCUCUGAUCCAAUUUCUGAUACUCAGUUUUUCAAGGGAUGCCCCGGCAAAGAACUGGCAUGGGAGAAGUUGCUUUUUGGAGUUUGCUUUUUUCAUGCCCUUGUUCAAGAGAGAAAGAAAUUUGGUCCUCUGGGUUGGAAUAUUCCCUAUGGAUUUAACGAGUCUGACCUACGCAUCAGUAUCCGGCAGCUGCAGUUGUUUAUAAAUGAAUAUGACACAAUCCCAUUUGAAGCUAUCUCUUACCUCACUGGGGAGUGUAACUACGGAGGGAGAGUGACAGACGACUGGGACAGGCGCCUCCUGCUGACUAUGCUGGCUGACUUUUACAACUCACUCAUGAUUGAAAACCCCCACUACAAGUUCUCGCCCAGUGGAAACUAUUUUGCGCCUCCCAAAGGCACUUACGAUGACUACAUUGAAUUCAUUAAGAAACUUCCAUUUACUCAAGAACCCGAGAUAUUCGGAUUACAUGAAAAUGUUGAUAUCUCCAAAGAUCUUCAACAAACAAAAAUCCUUUUUGAGUCCUUGCUCCUCACCCAGGGUGGCGCCAAACAGUCAGGCUCCUCAGGAAGCACUGACCAGAUCCUGUUAGAAAUUACUGAAGAUAUCCUCACACAGCUCCCAAAUGAUUUUGACAUUGAAGCAGCACUGAAGAGUUAUCCUGUGAGGUACGAAGAGAGCAUGAACACUGUGUUAGUGCAGGAAAUGGAACGGUUUAACAAUUUAAUUAGAACUAUACGUAAUACUCUACGGGACCUCAAGAAGGCUAUUAAAGGCGUGGUUGUGAUGGACUCUGCAUUGGAAGCACUUUCUGGCAGCUUGCUUAUUGGAAAGGUUCCAGAAAUGUGGGCAAAACGAUCGUACCCAAGUCUGAAGCCCCUUGGAAGUUACAUCACAGAUUUCCUGGCCCGGCUGAAGUUUUUAGAGGACUGGUUUGCCUUUGGGAAACCCAGUGUGUUUUGGAUCUCUGGCUUCUUUUUCACCCAAGCCUUUUUAACUGGAGCUAUGCAGAAUUUUGCCAGAAAAUACACCAUCCCUAUCGAUUUACUAGGCUACGAAUUUGAGGUGAUUCCUUUCGAUAACGCUACCUAUCCACCAGAAGAUGGCGUUUAUAUUCACGGAUUGUAUCUUGAUGGAGCACGCUGGGACAGGAUCAGUGGACUGCUUGCUGAACAAUACCCCAAGCUUCUGUUUGACCUGAUGCCCAUCAUAUGGAUAAGACCAAAUCUAAAGACUGAUAUUGUGAAGACAGAUGCGUAUGUCUGUCCCCUCUACAAGACAAGCGAACGUAAGGGAACUCUUUCCACUACAGGACACUCUACCAACUUUGUCAUUGCAAUGUUGUUGAAGACAGACCAGCCCGCUCAACACUGGAUCAAGCGUGGGGUGGCUUUGCUCUGUCAGUUGGAUAACUAA